AUGAAUCACAACACAAAAAAUCUCCACGAAAGAGACAAGAAACAAGAAAAAAUGUCUAAAAAAGGCUUAACUUUUCUCUCCCCUCAAAUGAGUGGAUUGGAUCCGGAUAAGUCAUAUAUGGAAGGAAUGCCCUCCAAUACGGCAGAUCUUAUUGUAAAAAUGUCCCAGAUUCCACCAGAACGAGAUGAUCGAAUACUCAAGAACUGUCUAGAGAAAGCAUUGGAAUCUCAACCGGAAAAAUGUAAACUGGAAGUUAACAAUAUUAUGAUGGAGAUUAGAAACACGUUGAGGAAGAAAGUCCAAGAGAAGGAAGACUGGCUGUCAAAUUUAGACAUAACCAUACAAAAAUAUGACGAGACAGUUAAAAAGAAGAUCGGGUAA